AUGGCCCUUCCCCGCCGCACAGUAUCAAUCUCCCGCAUCACCAACGAGACCAAAAUCCAAGUCUCCCUCUCCCUGGACGGCGGCGUGCUUCUCCCCUACGAAGAAAGCGACCAUUUCCCUUGCCCGGAAACCGCCCAAGACAAAGCCGCAGUUGCCAAGGGCGUGAUCCCAGAUAAAAAUGCCCCGCAUUCUACACAGUUUACUUCUAGCCAACAGAUAACUAUUAAUACUGGGAUUGGGUUUUUGGAUCAUAUGCUACAUGCUUUGGCGAAGCAUUCGGGAUGGAGUUUGGCUAUUCGGGCUAAGGGGGAUUUAUACAUCGACGACCAUCACACAACCGAAGACACGAUGCUCGCCCUAGGAACAGCAUUCACAAAAGCCCUUGGCGCACGAACCUCCCUCGCCCGCUUCGGCCGCGGCGACGCCCCGCUCGACGAAGCACUCUCAUGGGCCGUCAUUGACCUCUCAAACCGACCCUACGCCGUAAUCGACCUGGGAUUCAAGCGCGAAAAGAUAGGCGAUUUGAGCACGGAGAUGAUCACGCACGGCCUUGAGAGUUUUGCGCAGGCUGCCGGUGUGACACUGCAUGUUGGUUGUUCGUAUGGAUCGAAUGAUCAUCAUCGGGCGGAGAGUGCGUUUAAGGCGUUGGCUGUUGCUAUUCGUACUGCGUGUGCGCGGAGGACAGCUGGGGAGGUGGGUGCAGGAGAUGUGGUUUCUACCAAGGGUGUAUUAUAG